UUUGUUUGUUUACGUACUUCACACAACGCUUGUCUUGUUUCCGUCACCCAGGGCACAGCCAAUUUACAGUCCUCGAUUAAUGCCGAAGAUGGCUUAGGCACUGUAUCGUUGAGCGCCAUUUAUGCGGCGCUUGUCGUCUCAUGCAUCUUCCUACCCACACUUAUUAUACGCAAAUUGACUGUAAAGUGGACGCUGGUCUUCAGUAUGCUGUGCUAUGCGCCGUACAUCGCCUUCCAAUUGUUCCCAAAGUUUUACACAUUGGUUCCUGCUGGUAUUCUAGUCGGUUUGGGUGCCGCUCCUAUGUGGGCAUCUAAGGCCACCUAUUUGACUCAGGUCGGUCAAGUGUAUGCGAAGAUAACCGAACAGGCGGUGGAUGCAAUUAUUGUGCGAUUCUUCGGUUUCUUCUUCUUGGCUUGGCAAACAGCCGAAUUGUGGGGAAAUCUGAUUUCGAGUUUGGUGCUUUCGAGCGGAGCUCAUGGCAGUGGCGGUGACAGCAAUACCACCACCUCUGAAGAUUCUCUGAAACACUGCGGUGCGAACUUCUGUGUGCAAAGUUCGACCGGCAUUUUGAGCCGUCCACCAGAUAAUGAAAUCUUCGAAAUCUCUAUGAUCUACUUGUCUUGCAUCAUUGCUGCCGUAGCCAUUAUUGCAAUCUUCCUGGAUCCCCUAAAGCGGUAUGGUGAAAAACGUAAGGGUUCACAAUCGGCACAAGAAUUGUCUGGCAUGGAAUUGCUGUCGGCUACUUUCCGUCAAAUGAAGAAACCAAACCAGCAAUUGCUCAUUCCCAUCACAAUUUUCAUUGGCAUGGAACAGGCUUUCAUCGGUGCCGAUUUCACACAGGCAUAUGUUUCGUGCGCUUUGGGCAUCAAUCAAAUUGGUUUUGUGAUGAUCUGCUUCGGUGUGGUCAACGCUAUUUGCUCGAUCCUUUUCGGUUCGGUAAUGAAAUAUAUUGGACGUCUGCCCAUCAUUAUUCUCGGCGCUGUAGUGCAUUUCACACUCAUCUCCAUCGAAUUGUUUUGGCGUCCCAGCCCUGAGAAUCCACUCAUCUUCUACGCCAUGUCCGGAUUGUGGGGUGUCGGCGAUGCUGUAUGGCAAACGCAAAUCAACGGCCUAUACGGUCUGCUCUUCCGUCGCAACAAGGAAGCGGCCUUCUCCAACUACCGUCUCUGGGAAUCAGCUGGCUUCGUGAUCGCCUAUGCAUAUGCGACAACUUUGUGUGCGCGCAUGAAGCUUUAUGUUCUAUUGGCUGUAUUGGCAUUGGGAUGCGUUGGAUACACUAUUGUGGAAAUUCUGUAUAGAAGAAAGCAACGCAAGCUAAAGAAACAAGAGAAAUUGGAGGCUGCCGCCAAGGAGAAGGAAGCGGCUGCCGCUGCAGCCGCCGCUGAGGCUAAUGGCCCAACCGAAGUGGAUGAAACAGACGACGAGCUGGAUGAUCUCGAAGAAGAUAUUGUUGUGACGCAUUUCUAAGUCCACUUCUAAAAACAAAUACACACACACUCACAAACGCGUGCUCAAACAUGCAUACAACUGCAAAACAAACAGUUGCGCCCUACAUAUCGUCAAACGUAAUGUGCAUAUGUAUGUAUGUACACAUGUGAAAGCUUCUCAUCUCACAUGUGAAAGUGCUUUGAAAAGCUUGGAACACUGCAGCUUUGGCAAGCUUAUAAACAAGUGUGAAAGCACUUCAAAUCAUUAGGGCACACACACAUACGAUGUAAGCUUUUGUUUUGCUUUUUUGUCUCACCUGAGCGCUUUUAGUGUUGGCGUGUAGGUGUAAUUUUUCUUUGUUUUUUGUUUGUUUUACAAAACAAAAAAAUGCUUUUGCAUGCAAAUGGGCGAAAAUGCAUGCUGCAGUGAAGUGGUAGAGUGAUUAUGUUGCGGCGACUCAGUGUAUGUAGCAAUUAUGUAGUAAAGAAAAUGAAUGUUGGACAAAAAAGUUCGCCUUUCUGCAGCUUUCCUCAGUUGUUACUUUGUUAAAUGUAUGUACUUAUAAAACUUGCAAUAGAAAAGGACACUUGAAAGUUUAAAGUAUUUACAUAAAUAUCAGAACAAGUAAUAACAAAUAUAAUUGAAAGUAAUGUGUUAUAAAGUUUAUUAAAAGUUAUUUAGUCUAAUAAGUACAACAGAAACAACGCAGACAUACUUACACACAAACAUUUACAUUUUAUGUACACACAAGUUGACAUAAAUAGAACAAAGUUACACAAAAGCUCACAUAAGCAUGUAAAGUAAGUGCAAUUUGUAAAUAAAUAACUAGAUUGAAGUAAUAAACAAAAUAAUUACUGAAAUCGUAAACCAGAAGAACUGUAAAAAUGAUAAAAAUGUUGAAAAAUUGUUUUGUUUUUUACUUUUCGUGAAAAAAGCUCUUAGUGAGUAUGAAAAAAAUUUCACAUGCUCAAAGAAAUGCAACAACAGUUAAAAUUCACUUGAAAACAACAGAAAAAAAUAAAUGUGAAGGCUUUUUUUUCUAGCCCUACCACUGGCUCCUACAUAUUGAAUGAACAAAAACUUAAUUAUAACCCCAAACAAAAGACGUGCUUCCUAAAGGCAAGUAAUAUGUACUUGUACAUAUUUGAAUUGUAUAACAAUUUGCUAAACUCAUGUAUAUGUAAAAAAAAAAUUACUAAGACAAAACGAUAUAUUUUAAAACAUAAAAUUUGCCCAAAUGAAAAGGGUAUGUAAGAAAUACAUAUGUAUAUGCAUAUACAAAUUUAAUUUAAGUUAAAGUCCUGUUUUAAGACCCCUUAGGUAUAAAUAUAUAUAUAUAUAUAUAUAUAUGUAUGUAUAUGAAUAUGCAUAAGUUAAAAAU